ACUUAUAGGAGGUCCUGCUCCAGUGCUGUGUGAUGGGGCAGUCGGUACGAGCACAGACAGAGCGGCAGCAGCAGUACAGCAGCAGUCUGAAGAGGAGUCCCUGUUGUGUGUGGACGGGGCCUAUACUUCCGUCAUUUUAUAUCUCACCGGAUAAACACACCGGGCCCGUUUCUGACCUGUGUUUAUCUGGCCUACGGUGCAGCGAUACCACUCGGUGACCGUGUUGGAUGAACCAGUCUCUGCACCAUCAGAGCUCGGCAGAGUCACAAUGAACGAGCAGGAGAGUGGAGUGGUCUCCUUUGACGAGUAUGUGCGGCAGAAAGCCCGCACUGUACCACAACACAGGAUGAAAGAGUUUCUGGAAUGUCUUUCCAAGGGCCCGCAGGUGCUGCAGGAGUUCACCCAACAGGAGGGAGCAGUCACCACCACGGCUAUGGUGUACCAGCAACAGGGUGCCAACUGUAUCUACACAGACAGUACAGAGGUCGCAGGGUCACUACUGGAGCUAGCUUGUCCGGUACAGGUGACCUCAGCAGAAAUGUCACCCCAGCUGUCUGUUCACCAAGGGUCUGAGCAGCCACUUCAAGUUCAGGUUCAGAUCCAGGAUCAGCAGAAUCAAACAGUCAGUCAAGUUCUUCAGGUGGCCUCACCUUCUCAGCAGGAUCUGCAGGGGAUUUCUACAGCCCAGCUUGUACAGCAGGGGGAGCUCACAGAGGAGCAGCAGCAGCAGAUUCAGGCUCAGUUGGUUGCAGCUGUAGCUCAAGGACAACAAAUUCAGUUGCAAGGAACCCAGCAUAUUCAGCUGCCUGGGGGACAGCAAAUCCAACUCCAGGCUGGCCAACAGAUUCAACUUCAUGAUGGUCAACAUAUUCAGAUUCAGGAUGGCCAACAGAUUCAGCUUCAGGGUGGACAGCAGAUUCAGUUACCAGACGGUCAACAGAUUCAACUACAGAGUGGACAGCACAUCCAGCUGCAGGAUGGUCAGCACAUUCAACUACAGGGUGGACAGCAGAUUCAGCUGCAAGGUGGUCAACAGAUCCAGAUCCAAACCAUAGAGACCAUGUCACCCACGCAGCAGCAGGACUCCUCCAGGGAGGCAGAGAGGAGAUCUGGCAGCGUUUCCACCGUCCUCCAACCUGCCAAGAAGCGAAAGGUGGACGUCCCAUUGGCUGUUUCUUAUGCUAUUCCCCAGGGACAGCAGGUAGCCACCGUUCUGGCCAUUCCACAAGGGCAACAGCAAAGUUACGUGUCCCUACGGCCAGACUUGCUAACAGUUGACAGUGCUCAGCUGUACAGCGCUACAGGAACUAUCACAGGUCCCACAGGUGAGACCUGGACUAUUCCCGUGUACUCGGCACCACAACAGCAGGGUGUUACUCACAUCGCCAUACCACAGGAGACAUACAGCACAGUACAAGUUACCACCUCCAACGGUAAGGACAAAAUGUCCCCGAGUUCCUCAUCAAAGUCUGCAGAGGUUCAGCUGACCUCUGCUGGGACGCAGGAGGAAAUAGUUCAGACCCUGUUCCCAGCCCAGUUCAUGAACGGCAACAUUCACAUCCCUGUGGCAGUACAGACAGUCGGAGGGACCUACAACACCACACAGUCGGUUCACAUAUGGGACCCCAACCAACAACACAGCCACGGUGAAGAGGGGCAAGAACAGCAGCUCCAUCUUCAGGGCCAAGUGCAGACGGAGGCUCAGGCUGAGCAGCCGACGGAGAUUCUCGUUCCUGUGUGUCUUAAACCAGAGGAGGGUCUGGAGGUGUGGAGUUUUUGGGCAAAGCGGAAAAAUGCAGAGCUGAGCAAGCAGAAAAAGACGACGCUCGCUCCCAUAGGACGUCGGCAGCCCCUGUGUUUUCAGGAAGACCUGGUGUCCAGUGCCGUGGCUGAGUUGAACCUGGGUCUGUCCUUGAUGACAACCGAAGCACGUGGAAUAGAAGAUGAACAGUUCUCACCUGAUGUUUUGUAUUAUGUUUUUUUGUGUAUUCAAAAGUAUCUGUCUGAAAACGGACGCGUGGAUGAUAUCUUUUCUGACCCGUACUACACACGUUUUUGUGAGUCUUUACACAACAUCCUGAAUGGUUGGAAACCCACCGUCCAUCCUUUAGGAUACAUCAUUCCGAGUCAUGUGACGGAGGAGAUGCUGUGGGAGUGUAAACAGCUCGGUGCUCAUUCACCUGCCACGCUGCUCACAACGCUCAUGUACUUUAACACAAAGUAUUUCCACCUGACAACACCCGAACAGCACCUGAAAGUAGCUUUCUCUAAGGUCCUGCGGCACACGAGGAAGAACCCCAGCAACGCCAAGGACAAGGCAACGAGUAUCCGACUUCUCAAAGCCCAGAAUUCACACAGUGCUGGGCAGAAAGGCACUGAUGAUAUUUAUGAAGAACAGGUCGAGGAUCCAGAGAAUCCACUUCGCUGUCCCAUUAAACUUUAUGAUUUUUACCUCUUUAAAUGCCCUCAGAGCAUUAAAGGACGCAACGAUGCCUUCUACAUGACACCAGAACCAGUCGUAGCACCCAACAGCCCCAUGUGGUACUCAUCGCAGCCUCUUACAGUUCAACAAGUGGAGCACCUGCUGGCUCGUCUCAUCGUGGUCAGAGAGAUCCAGGACAUCAUCGCUGCUGGUCCUUAGAACACGUCAAACCCUGAGAGGACUGUCCCGGCCUUGUAAACACCACUGACUGUCUCUGAUGAAACGGAACACCUUAUGAAUGAAACAAUCAUUUUUGAGGGGAGAGUUGUAUCAUAGUGGAUCUUCAGACUCUCUUGUUGUAUUUCUGUUGAACGAUUGGGUGACUGUUCUUUUCUCAACGAUUCUCUUGGCGACAGAUUCAAGAUUUCAGCUGUCCUCUGAAUAAACACAGACCUGGAUCGGUCUCUGGAGCUGCUGUUCUUCUCAGCUCUCAGAAAAAGUGUUACAUCUUCUCAAAAACCAAGAAAUCUCUCCCUCACCCGACCUGUUGGGCCGUUACCCAGAUCCAGUUUUACAUUACGUGUUAAAGAGACAGUUGUUGGGGCUUCACUGUCCCGGCCUCCUUUUUUUUAAAUUAGCAACUGUAUAUGAAUUCAUGUAUUGAUAUUUUCAAGACAGAAAAACUCGUGCCUGUUUUUUUUUUUUUCAGAAAUUAUUCAAUUGAACCUUUUGGAGCAAUGGGAUGAAUCUUAGUUCCAGGAUCAAGUGCUCUAAUGUUGUAUGGGCAGGUGGAAAAAAUGUUCCUCAGGUCCGUGCUGUUGAUUAAAAAAAAAAAAAAAAAC